GCAAUGUUUACAAACCAAAUUACUAAAGUCCUCAAGGCCGCACGAUCAUAGAGCAUGCUCGAAUAAUUUCAAUGAAGCCUAGCCUCUAAUUGGUCAAUUUGAAGCAGCGUCAGUUCGUUACAAAUCAUAAGUCACUACGUAAUUGGCUACUGGUUUCUUUCGCAGGGAGCAUCAUCGUAUAAUUCACAACGAAAAAUGGAUUUAGAUUCCGAACUACUCUGCUCCCCACGAAAAAUCAGAAGAUUAGCAAGUUCUUCUGAAAAUUUACCUUCUCAGAAGUUAUCUCAGGAAUCGAGAGCUACUAGCACUCCCACAAGAAGGAGUUUGAUGCAUAAGUUAUCAAUAUCUUCUGAAAUAUCUAGUAUCAAUCAAGAAUCCCCCGCGAACUCGAGAAGCACCAAUAAUAGAAAUGAAGAGGAAGCUGAUGUUUCUGAUGUUUUAUCUCUUAUAAAUGAGUUAUCUCUCAGUGGAAAAUGUUCGGUGUAUUCUCUUGGUUCUGAAAUCUUGCAUAGGCCCAAUCCUCGAAUAUUUCGUGGAAAAGCAUGGACAUUUUUCAAACCCAAGUACCAAGAAUCAUUGUAUUCUAAAGUCUUGGAAAACUUCGAUAGUAUCGAGGAUAUUGCCUUUGAAUUUCUGGAGGAAUUGAGAUCUGAUGAGAUAAAAGGUACCCUCACAAUGAUCAAAUUUUUUGUUGAUCUUUGCGGAUAUCAAUGGGCUAGAGUUGAUGAGCAUUUCGAUUUCGAUAAAGAUUUCUCUAUUUCAUGCCAAAAGGUGAUAAAAUUGAUGGAAUUUGAUUUCAUCAAUGAUGAGAUGCUGGAAGCAAAUACUUAUAUAUUUUUUGAGGCAGACAAGCACACGAAAUUAGGUGAAACACUGGCUUCGGCAGUGAAUUCCUUCAUCGAGAAGGUCAUGAUUGGUGCUUAUGGUCAAAAUAUACUGUUUUCAAGACCAUUUCAUAAAUACAUUUUUCAAUUUCUCUUCUACAUGUGUCAGGGUAUAUUGAGAUCUAUUCGACACACAGGAGUUACCCUCACAAGGAUGAUAUUGAAAGUUCUCAACUAUAUUUAUCUUCGAAUUGUGAAAAAAUUAGAGUUAGGGGAUUCUCAACGUGAACUUGAUCUUUUACCAAUUGAAAAAGAAAUAGAGUAUGCGGAGAAAUAUAUUCAACAUUUCUUUGAUAUUUUUGUUAAAAAUAGUUUCAUACCGGAUUCAAAGUUGUAUGUUUUGCGAGCAAAAAAUGUGAAAGAGAUGGGCAACUGGAUGAUAGAGGUGCCUCAAGUUUAUUUCGCGAAUUGUACAGCUUCCUUGUUCAAGCUACAACUUGAUGAGUCUGAAAUAGUUCGUUUGAAUGUGGUACAAGUUUGGAAGAAUUUGAUAAAAACUAAAACUGUGUACUUGCACGUAGUUAAACAUCUGAAUGAUAUAGUGAAGUUAGUUCAAGGUAGACUGAAAGAUUCUCAGCUCAGAGUAGUUGUAGAGGCUGUGGAUUUUUUUUCAGUCUUGGUAGAUAAUCAUCCAAGGGCCAUUGGCGAAGAACUAACUUGUGAUAUCACAGAACUGCUGUACGCAAAGAGCUAUCUUUGUGCCAAGGCAGCUGGUUUUUUCACAAUAAAGUUUUUCAAUUCGGCCAAAUUGAAUGAAACCGAUCUUCUCAAGAAACUUGUAGAUAUAAGUAGCGUUCCAAGGUUUCAGAAAAUUAAGCAUUUUUUCGUCGAAUCCUUCAUGGAGCACAGCACCGUCCUUGAUAAUUACAAGUUGAUGAUGGAAGUUUUAUUGUCUUGUAAGAAACAUACCACGAAUGAUUUUGCUUAUGCUCUUGCCUUGAUCGAGUUGAUGUAUUAUUCCAUUUAUCAGAAAUUGAAGGGAGAACCAUUAAUAAAAAGAAAACAUUCAUUCACAGCUUCUCCGGUUUCAUUUAGUCAUGAAGAAGUAGCAAAAGUAUUCUUAUUAAAUCUCCAACAAUUCAUGAGCCUGUUCUCAGACCAAACAUCAAUUUUAAAUUAUUUGUUGAAAAUACUCAAUCUGAUAGAUUAUCAUGUAUUGACAUCUUCUUACCGACCGCAUCUCAUAUUUCUCACGAAAAGUUGUAGAGUACUUUUUCUGAAUGAUAGCAACGAAGAACUUCUGGGGAACAUCUGCAAGUUGUAUCAUUAUUUAUGCUUUGAGAAAGAAACUUGCCUGAAGGAAAGUUUGCACAAGUUCCUUGUCAAUUUGUUUGAGAACCUCAGCAAUUACCUUCAGGGUUAUUUAGAGCCUAGAGAAGAACAAGAAAUAGCUCUUGAACUUCAUUUCAGAAAGAUUGGAAAGCUUUAUGAAAAAUUCAAUAUGAACGCGUUUUAUGACUGGAAUGGUAUCUUCACAGUAUGGGGCAAUGAACUGCUGUGUAGGGGUCAAAUGGUAACUUGCCGACACUACAUUUUGUGGACAAUUAAAGAAGUGAUGAGGGAUUGGCACAAAGAAAAGGGCGAUGAACACAGAAUGAAAAAAAUUAACUUGAAGACUUAUUUUUCUGAGUACGUCGCAUCCCUAGUCCAAUUGAUGACUUCUUCUGAUGCCAAAGAUGAUUUAAAACUCGACGCUUUCGAAUCGUUUUGCUUCGUUCAUACACACUCUUAUGAAACAUUGAUGAUGGAUGCAGAGAUGGCAGAAUUUAAACUUCAUAUACUACAAAGUUUAAGAACCUAUAUUCCAGAAACAUUGGUUAAAUUCUUCAGUUACAAAAUUGUGCAAAAUAAAUCGGUUACAUUUGAACGGAGGAAAAAAUUGAUAUGCGACUGGCUAGGACUGAUUCUCAACGCUUUAACAGACGUCCUUUAUAUAAUCCCUCUCUUUGAAUGUUAUCACACAAGGUCUGAAGAAUAUGGAUCUUUGAUAGAAUUUGUGGCAGCAAAGAUUUAUGCAAAGAAACAAGAAGUAUUUUUUCAACUCAUCGUAGCCACAUUGACCAAAUUGGCGAGCCACGUGUUUCACACUCUUUGCAGGUCGAUUUCCAGUCCAGAAGCCAGAGAAUUGAUGGCAUUAGCGGAUAAAUUUUCAAACAUGAAGGAAUUUUCAAAUUCUUCAAAGGAAGUGCUCAGAAUGCUUCACUUGGGAUUCAAACAUUGUUUCAGAGAUGGGCUAUUCGAACUUUUGGUUUUAUUACAAAACUUUCAACAUAAAUUAUCGGAAGAACACUACAAAGAUUGUUUACAGAUAUUUGUGGCAAUGACUCCAAAGGAAUUCGAAAACAAGGAAUAUGUGAAAACCUUCCGAGCAAAAUUACAAGCUGGUAAACCAAAAGGAUUCGGGAAGUCUAUUAACAAGACCAUUUCAUCCACUGAUAUUGGUAUGGAUACUAAGAAGUCAGAAAUCGACGUUGAAAACCAACGCAAAAAACGAAGACGUGGAAGUACUAGAAAAUCUAUACCGGUCAACGAAUCAUUCAAGGAAAAUGUUGAAAAUAAAACACCGAAGAAAGUCAAGACUCCCAAACUGAAAAAACCUAAAAAUAAGUAGAAGAAUGAAAUACUUAGCACUUAGCAUUCAUUCAAUUGUAAAAUUGAGAAUUUCAUGUUUGUGUUUUUUUAGAACUACAUUGUUAUUUUAUGUAUUCAUUUUUUUAGAUACUCUGUGUAUUAUCUUUGGUUUAAAGGUGUGAAAAGGCUUUAAAUGGAAUAAAAAACUGUUUGACAAUAAAAAUAAUUUUAAUAACAAAUUUUAGUAUAUAUCUAUGAAGAUAUAUCAACACAUUUCAAGGUAGCAAAUCUGCAUCUUGCCGUGAAGAUGUUCUGAACAGAAAAUUUCAAAAACAUAAAACAAGAUUUGCCUAAUUUUUAGUUACAUCACAUUGUAAAAUCACAUUUGGUUAAAUGCCAGGAAAACAUGGUUUACUAUAUUGUUGAAAACAAACUUUGACCAUUCGCACAUAUUCUACCAAGAUUACAACAACAAAUUGAUAACAAGACUUGCCCGGUAUACAGGCCUUUAAACUGCACAAACCCCAUGGAGAACUAAUCUGAAUAACUUCUCGAAAAUAAUUCUAUGAAAUUUUAUUGUGCAUUCUGAUAAAUCAGUAAACAAUUUUAGUGCGAUUAUUCUUAUUCCUCUAAUAUAUUUAAAACAACUCAAGAUCUGAAUAUGUUGGGCCAAGCUUGCAAGGAAAAUUUUCGAAAGUAAAAUUUGGAUAUGCUCAGCUCAUUUCGCCGAAUUUUUAAAAAUUUGUUCAAGAUUAAUUAUAAAAAUUUAAUAGAGAAUCACAACCAAAACUAACAACAAUUGGAAAACAAAGUCGGAGUUCCAUUAUUGCUGAAUUUUACUCGUGGUCAUAACAAGAAUCAGGUAAAUGUUGAAAAUUAUAAGCUUUCAGAAAAUAGUUCUGCAAUCUUACCAUAAUCUUGAUAAAACCAAACCUCAAAUCACAUAUUCACCUGAAGAUAUUUGUAGAUCCAGAAAAACUUGAAAUAUCGAGGAAUAUAAUUAUUUUUCUGAAUCACUCGAUAACUAUACAAAACUAUUAUUUACAGAAAUAACAAUUAAAAUGAAAAUAAUUUAGAUUUAAAAAUUCAAAUUACACAAUGGAUAUAUCAUUUAUAUAAAAAUAUAAAGAAAAUCGGGCAACUAUACAGAAAUUAUUAAAACUUAGCGUUUAUGCAAUACAAAGAAUAGAUCAAAAACUAUUACCGAUAAGGAAACAUUUGAAUUUUAGUGUUGCACCAAACUGGGGAUUGUAAAGAAAUAACGUUGACUGGCGAGGUAGUUGCAUUCGAUCUAUACUUUGUAAAAUCGAUUUCAAUUUAACGCGGCAAUUUAUCUAGGAAUUUUGUCGAGGAAAUCAGUUUCGACUACUUUAUCAAUUUUCUCUAGGAUGAUGUCCAA